UCUUCCACUUCCUCCCUCCCCACGAUCUGCUGCUCCCUUCAACGCUAGAUUUGACAUUACAUUUGUACAGGUCUUUCCUCUGAUCACCUGAGAGCCUUAGCUGUGCCUGACUCCUCCUGCCCCAGGAGCCGCCCUCCUCCCUGAGGCCAGAGAAAUGCAGGCCAUCAAGUGUGUGGUGGUGGGAGAUGGAGCUGUGGGUAAAACCUGUCUCCUCAUCAGCUACACCACCAAUGCCUUCCCAGGCGAAUACAUCCCCACUGUGUUCGAUAACUAUUCUGCCAACGUGAUGGUUGACAGCAAGCCCGUUAACCUGGGGCUGUGGGAUACAGCUGGGCAGGAGGAUUAUGACCGGUUGAGGCCCCUCUCCUAUCCGCAGACGGAUGUCUUCCUGAUCUGCUUUUCUCUGGUCAGCCCGGCCUCUUAUGAAAACGUCCGUGCCAAGUGGUUCCCUGAGGUCCGACACCACUGCCCCAGCACCCCCAUCAUCCUCGUGGGCACCAAGCUGGAUCUCCGUGACGACAAGGACACGAUCGAGAAGCUGAAGGAGAAGAAGUUGUCGCCCAUCACAUACCCGCAGGGCCUCGCGCUGGCCAAGGAGAUCGAUUCUGUGAAAUACCUCGAGUGCUCGGCAUUGACACAACGUGGCCUGAAAACGGUGUUUGACGAGGCGAUCCGAGCAGUUCUCUGCCCCCAGCCCACCAGACCGAAAAAACGGGGGUGCAGCCUCCUCUAGGAGUAGAUUCCAGAUUCCAGCCCCAGCGCUCAGCUCGCUCCCUACACCAGGCUCUGCCGAUGCAACAGGGGUUGAAGGUUUCAACAUCUUGGACCUUGGUACCUCUUGGUGGUCACAGCGCUUGUUUGUUUCUGUUGCCUAGAAGGACCAGUAUGGAUCUGUAGCCCUCCUUUGUCCAUUUGCACAACCUCCCUCCCUCCUCCUGUCAAUUUCUGUAUAGGGAAUGAGAGUCAAUAAACCAACUGUACCUUCCUGA